CCGGCCAGCUGCGCCGCGCCGCAGUGAGUGCCGAAGAAUGUGCGUGUGAAGAUGAUCGUCGGCAAGGUGGCCCUCGUGCUGGCGCUGGGGGUGGCGCUGGGGGCGCGCGCUCAGGACAACAAGGACUUCUGCACCAAGUUCGCCUUCAACGCCACGCACAACGCGUCCGGCCUGCAGUUCACCAGGGAGGUCGGCAAGUCCGACUUUGUCCUCGAGGCCAAGUUCAAAAGCAUCCACUGCUGCGCAAGGGGCUACAGGAGCAUCGAAUGGUACAAAGAUGACAUUCCAUACCCAUGGCUGGGAGGCGGAUCCUCUUUCAUUCUGGAUCCACAGACUGUAAACCAGACAAUAUUUUCCGGUGCAGUGCGCGAAUCCGACGCCGGACUCUACAAGUGUGUGGUGCGCAAUGACACCCAUUCGCUCUCCCACACAAUCAGUCUCACGGUUCUAGACAAUGACUACGAGGGUCCUAUGAAAACAACCUACAAACCGGAAGACCAGUACAUUUCGCCAGGAGACAGCACGCGAUUUUUCUGCGAAGCUUUUAUCGGACACAUUGCCGUAAACAAAACCAGUGAAUUGCACCAGACAGUGAACUGGAGAAAGGAUGGAGCCAACUCCUCACUACUGAACUCGACUAAGUUCAUCCAACACCACUUUCACAGAGAUGAAGACCAAACUCUUGGUGGUUAUCUCGAAGUCGCAGAUGUGCAGCCCCAAGAUUACGGUCGGUACAUUUGCUCCAUCGCUGUUUCCAACUGGAACAUGCACAUGUCGGCAGAGCUUCGCAAACAAGAAGUGCCAAAGGCCGCUCCGCUGACGUCGCCACCCAACGGCGUCUCCUUAGCCGUAGCUUUAUCUUGUAUAGCCCUAGGAUUAGUGCUUCUAACUUAUUACAAACUGCGACUCAGACUGCUCCUCUUGUGGAAGGAUUUCUUCUCUUCGGGGGAUAAAAAUGAUCCAAAAGAGUUUGACAUAUUUAUAUGCUACGUAACCAAAGACGCUGAGUUUGCAGUUGGCGAACUGCUGCCGGCCCUCGAGAAAAGGUUCCACUACCAAUGCUGCAUUCAUCAGCUCCAGCCUGAUGGUUGCGGGCGUCUGGCCCAGUUAUCCCAAGUCAGUAGGCGGCUGGUGAUGGUGUUGUCACCCGCAUUUGCCCAGCAGCACUCAUCCACCUGGAGCGCCGCCUCGUUGGCCCAAUUACUGGACCACCUAUCACAGCUACACCCCAGCAUGGUGUUCGUAGUCACACAGGAUCUGCCUGUGGAUAGUGCUGGUCGCGAGCUUUCGGCGGCGCUGCAGAAGACGCGGCACAUUGUGUGGCCACCGCCGGCCAAACUAGAGAAGGACAACUUCUGGAUCCGGCUGUGCCUGCUCCUGCCGGCGCGGAGGCCCCUGUGCGCCCCUCGCUCCAGGGACAGGCCCCCGGCAAAGACGCAGCCGCCCGCAAACAAUGAUCUGCAGAUGAAGAAACUCAACCCGGCCACCUCUACCUCCCAUGAGUCCCUCGAAGUGCUCGUGUGAACUUUUCUGCUCAAGGCGAGCUAGUGGCGGACCUUUUCGGUUUGUUCUCUUCUUUCCCUUUAACUUAUUUUGUGCGUUUUGACACAGAGUUCACCAAAAACCUUUUACAAAAUAAAUAUAUAUUUAUAAUUUUUUGUCAUUGUAUUUUUGUUAUUAUGAUUUUUGCAAAGCUGACUGUGUUGUGGAAUAGUCGAGAAUCGAAUGAACUUUUUUUUAAUGAAUUUUCAAUUUACUUGUUGAAUAAAUCAAAUUGUUGACGGCUUUUAGAUGAUCUUUGGGCAACUUUCACUUCAAAUAAUCCAGAUUUGCUCUCUGGAGUUUUUAUUGGCUGAAGUGGAAAUAUGACUGAUCUCUGAAUUUUUCUAUUAACGAUUUUGCACCUCUCAUUUUCAAUCUCUGAUAAUCCCCCCAAUGGUUUGCAAUCAACUGAAUAAGUUAUAAUCUCGCAAGACGUUUCAAAGAGCAAGACCUCAAUAAAAUCUCUAAAAUGUUAAAUUUUCGUUUUUCAUGAAAUAAGGAAAGGAGUUAUUAAUUUUUGUCACUGCGCUAGUUUAAAAUAUGCAUUUUUAUUGUUUUUAAUUUAUCUUACGUAAGCUAUUUGGGAUCUGUCAUAUUUCUUUUGCAGCUGCAAAAGAGCAAACAAAAAACAUAAGUGUGUUCGAAACAUAUAUUCAUGUUACAUAUAUGUAACAUGAAUAUAUAAACAUGUAACUUUAUAAAGUUAUCGUCAAAAAUGUCUCUAAUAUUAAAGUCCGCUGUGUGUCUUGUUAUUUUUUAAGUUUCUCAAAAGUCGAUCUUUUAAGAAAUAUUGUACUAGAAUAUAAUAAUUUUAUCAAACAUAAUAAUAUAUCUCAUCUUAAAAUUACACGCAUAGCAUUUAAUAAUAAUAUUCCUUAAAAUGUUAAUCUAUCUAUGUAUCAUGUAUUUAAUUACAUUAAUGUUUGUGUACAAAACACAGUUUUAGUCAAAGAAAACUAUAAACGGAUCUGAGCUUACAAUUUGACGGAAAAAAUAUGUCAAUAUUAAUAUUCUCACUGACGGGAAUGAAAAUGGGCAGUAAUUGUAAUGAAUUAUUUGGCCAGUCAUACUAUCUAUAGAUUUUUAAAUCAGACGUAAACCAAGAGAAUAUUUUUUCAACCAUGUAAAAUUGUUUAAUAAAUUUCUUACAAAUUCAGGAACACAAAUUUAUGUAAACAAUAAGUGUCAAUCAAUUAGUGUAAAUUUAACAGUGGAAGUAAAAAGAUAAAAAAAAAUACACUUGAAUAUGUAAAUGUUCAUAAAUAUGUGAUUUAAAACUGAUCAAAGUUUGAAUGUGUGUAAUAAGAAUAAAUAAAAUAGACCG